GCGCUGCGACUAAACGCACCAACAGCGCACGGAACAGGACAGGACCAGGGCGCAUUUACGAGUCGCCAAAUCGUGCCUGUUUAUCGCAUUUUAACUAACAAUCCACUGCCCUCGAAGUGACCACGUCUGAGCAGCCUAAAGCCUCGACGGAUUAUUUCUGUUUUGCAAAACUUACUGCAAACGGACUCGGCGCGCGUUUCUCCUCAGUUCACGGAGAGGAGUAAUGCGAUCAUGAGAAGGGAAGGCGGACAGGAGUGCGUUUUGGACAGUACUUUGGAGAUAUAAGGAGGAUUUUUACUUGAAUUUUACAAAAACUGAGCCAACAGGAUCAGCAACUACAGCGCGAUUGGGAACAUGGACCAAUACUGUGCGCUCCGACAGGAAAAGCACACGGGACCCUCGCUGGAUUUUUGUUGAACUAACAUGGAAAAGAUGCACGUGUAAGUUCACUUGUUUACGCACUAAGUCGAAGCCACCACCUCUUAGUCAUAUACACUUAUUAUAAACUUUUGCUGAUAGACCAUGUGCUGUGCAAAACUCCGUCUCCUCUCCGCACUGCUGCUGAUGUUGCGCAGCAGCUGGGGCUCUGCUAUCAGCUCCAUAGACCCGGACUGGUCAGGGGAGGGCAGAUGUCAACAUAUAAGCAUCUCCCAGUGUAAAGACAUUGGCUACAACAUGACUCGCAUGCCUAAUCUAAUGGGACACGAUGACCAGAAAGAGGCAGCUAUAAAACUACAGGAGUUUGCCACAUUGAUUCAGUAUGGAUGUCACAGUCAUCUCAAGUUUUUCCUCUGCUCACUAUUUGCCCCUAUGUGCACGGAACAAGUGUCUAAUCCCAUUCCUGCCUGCAGAGCCAUGUGUGAACAAGUCAAACUCAAAUGUUUUCCAGUUUUGGAGCAAUUUGACAUCCCAUGGCCAGAAUCGUUGGACUGUUCUCGCCUGCCAACCCAAAACGACCCCAAUAACCUCUGCAUGGAAGCUCCAAACAACGGCUCAGAUGAACCCCCAAAAGUGUCCCAUACGCAGCCUCCAGACUUCAGACCACAGCGUCCUAUCGGUGGUCAGGACAUGCAUUUAAAGGACAGUGGUGGCAAACCUUCAUGCCCUAACCCGGGCAAGUUCCACUAUGUUGAGAAAAGUGAAUCGUGUGCCCCCAAAUGCUACCCGAGAGUGGAUGUCUACUGGAGCCAGGGUGACAAGCAGUUCUCCCUGGUGUGGAUGGCCAUUUGGUCCAUCCUGUGCUUUGUCUCCAGUGCAUUCACAGUGCUAACUUUCCUUAUUGACCCACAGCGCUUCAAAUACCCCGAGAGGCCCAUAAUUUUUCUCUCCAUGUCCUAUUGCGUCUACUCUGUGGGCUACCUCAUUCGCCUUUUUGUGGGCGCUGACAGAAUAGCCUGCGACCGAGACAAUGGUGUACAGUAUAUCAUCCAGGAGGGCCUAGAAAGCACGGGCUGUACCAUUGUAUUCCUCAUCCUGUAUUACUUUGGCAUGGCCAGCUCUCUGUGGUGGGUCAUCCUCACCUUAACAUGGUUCUUAGCUGCGGGUAAAAAGUGGGGUCAUGAAGCCAUUGAAGCCAACAGUAGCUACUUUCACUUGGCAGCUUGGGCUAUUCCAGCAGUAAAGACUAUUAUGAUUUUAGUUAUGCGCAAAGUGGCUGGAGAUGAGCUCACGGGGGUUUGUUACGUGGGUAGUAUGGAUGUCAAAGCACUAACAGGUUUCGUGCUUAUUCCUUUAUCAUGCUACUUAAUUAUUGGCACUUCUUUUCUUCUGUCUGGUUUCGUUGCCUUAUUUCACAUCCGCAAGAUUAUGAAAACCGAAGGAGAGAACACAGACAAACUUGAAAAACUCAUGGUUCGAAUUGGAGUAUUUUCGGUUCUUUACACUGUACCAGCCACUUGCGUCAUCGCCUGCUACUUCUACGAACGCCUCAACAUGGACUAUUGGAGCGUGUUGGCCGACGGCAGAAAAUGCAUGAACAGCACUGGCCCUGAUUCAAAUGAGUGUGUCAUGAAAUCGUCUAUUCCAGCUGUGGAGAUUUUCAUGGUGAAGAUCUUUAUGUUGCUGGUGGUGGGCAUUACCAGUGGGAUGUGGAUCUGGACUUCCAAAACGCUGCAAUCGUGGCAAAACGUCUUCAGUCGGAAAUUGAAGAGGACGAGGAGGAAGGCUGCCCCAAGUACUGUGUUCACAAGCAGCAGACCCUAUAUCAAACCCCACCAGUCGCUUAAAGGGCACAACACAAAAUAUGAGCCCACCCGGCAACCCCCCACGUGUGUUUGAGCCAAAGACAACAUGUGAAAGCUCUUAUUUUGAAAACACUUGUCAACUUUGUAAAAGGUCACGUUUAAUUUAUGCACUCAAAGUAACAUACAGUACUGUGCAAAAGUGUUAAUCUGAUGUUUUAGAUCUUUCAAAGAGUCCUCAGAAUUACAAAAAAUUGCAAAAGAUCAAAACUUGAAAUGGCCUCACCUUGACCCAUUUUGUAGUUCAGGGGUAAAUGCUCUCUCUAUUAGAUAACCACUAAAACUAAAGAUAAAUUGUACACACUGAGAGUUAAACCUUCAUGGUGGCAACUACAAAUGAAUGAUCUAUUUAUUAAAGCACUCACAUUUACACACCAGCUAAAACUUUUACACAGUACAAUUGUUUCCUGUUUUGUGUCUUGAAUCGUCUCAUUGUGUCAGAGAAAUGCUAUUGAAAAGAUCCACUUAUCAAAUUGAAGAACUUAAAAGAAAGAAAUGUAUUAUCCUUCAAACAAAACUUAAUUUGGAUUUUCUAUUGGGGUAACUUGAAUCAUGUGCAAUAGCCUUUUUCCUUCCUGAGUACUAUUAUACUAUUAGUGACUGAAAACUGAAAAUGUAAGGAGUCCACAGAGACAAUGCAGGAGCUUUCACAUGGAUAUUUACUGUAUGUUUGGAUUGAGAGCAGCUGUUGAGAAAGACCUUAUGGACUUUUGUUGUAAGAUGGACUUACAUCAUUGAAGCACUCAAAAGAUUUGUAAAUGCAGUUGUGUUUUUUCUUUGCUGUUUUAUAGCAGAAGGGAAUGUUUGUAUAUAUUUCUUUAAAAAAAAAAGUAUAGAAAAUAAAUAAAACGUUCUAGUUUUAAUUUUU